CACAUUCUAGCAGGGACGAGCCCCUGUACGCGGCGCUCGAUUCGAGUGUGUGAUCUUCAUCAGAGGUGUGCUGGUCGAGACGAGAGGGUGGAUCGUUGGCGAAAUUGGCGCGAUUCUCUGCGGAUACGUCGCAAGGGCUUCAUGCACAGUCAGUACAAGUGCCCCAAACAGAGAUGCCGCAUUUUCGCCGGGGUGCGAUGUAGAUCCGAUGGUUCGUUGCAUCUGUGACGAUGUCGAUCGUACCAAAGAUAAAGCUCGCGGCGUUCCCCUUUUGUAUAUGCGGACAUGUCGGUCGCAAGAUCGAAAUCGAGUUGUUCGAGUUUGUCGCGCGCAUCGGCCUACAUGCAAUGUCGACGUGCACAGCUCGAAGCACUGCUCGAGCCAUUCGACCACACGAACUCACAUUAUUGCUCGAGAGCGGAUGGUGCAUUCCUUUUGCACAACCGUGAAAAAGUCCUUGCCAAAGGUUGUCAAGUCCUGUUCAGUGAAUAUCGCAUGGCACAUGCACCUUCCCUCGCCAAAACCACGUUGUCUAAGCUGGGUGGUGCGGCAAGGCUGAUCGCGCGGCAACUUGCAUGG